AUGACCUGGAUCGUAGGAGAUGGCCAGCAAUUAGAAUUAGAGGUGCGCGGGCGGGUCGAGCGGACGCGGCGGCGCACGGAGGCGCAGUCGGCAGUCGACAGUCGGCAGUCGGCAGUCGGCACUCGGCGCUCGAAGCCAGGGCCAGUCUCCUACAGCCGGCUAUUAUGCCGGCGCCCCGGAGCCGGUCGCCACGCGCCGCGCGCUUUCCGCCACAGCGCCGUGCCGUCCUCGUCCCCUCGGCGCACGUCUACGUGCGCCUCUCGAGCCGGUAGUGGGUGGCCGUGUGUGGUGAUGGGUGCGGUGUGUUGCAGUGAGUGCAAGCGUGGCGGCGACCGGCUGGCGACGCCUCGGAUGUCUCUUCUGGGCAAGCCGCUCAGCUACCGCGCCACGCGUCGCGACGCGCGCUACCGACGCCUGCAAUCCAAGUUCUAUAAUUUCCUUGAACGGCCACGGGGUGUUAAGGCCGUCCUAUAUCAUAUGAUUGUGUUCCUGAUGGUGUUCAUGUGUUUGUCGCUGUCUGUUUUCUCCACCAUAGAAGAAUACGAGGCGAAAGCUGGCAUCGUCCUAUUCUAUAUGGAGACCGUAGUCGUCGUAUGGUUCGCUAUAGAAUUUUUUUUAAGGUUAUGGUCGUCAGGAUGCAGAUCACGAUACCAAGGAUCAAUGGGGCGCCUCAAAUUCUUGAGGCGCCCUUUCUGUAUAAUAGAUGUCACCACCAUAUUGGCAUCGAUGGUGGUAUUGGGGAUGGGUUCGUCUGGGCAGGUGUUCGCAGCGUCAGCUCUGCGUGGGUUGCGGUUCUUCCAGAUAUUACGUAUGGUACGCAUGGACCGGCGAGGAGGCACCUGGAAACUACUAGGGUCCGUCGUAUACGCACAUAGACAGGAACUAAUAACCACGCUGUACAUAGGCUUCCUGGGGCUAAUUUUUGCAUCAUUUUUGGUCUAUUUAGCUGAAAAAGAUGUAGCGGACACCAAGUUUAAAAAUUUUGCUGAAGCUUUGUGGUGGGGAGUUAUCACGCUGUGCACUGUGGGGUACGGAGAUAUGGUACCACAAACCUGGCAGGGAAAAUUCAUAGCUUCAUUUUGUGCCCUACUCGGAAUAUCCUUCUUCGCUCUCCCUGCUGGUAUUUUAGGUUCAGGAUUCGCUUUAAAAGUCCAACAACAACAACGUCAGAAGCAUAUGAUAAGGAGACGUCAGCCAGCGGCUACACUCAUUCAGGCACUGUGGCGAUGCUAUGCGGCCGAUGAGCACUCUAUGAGCAUAGCUACUUGGAAAAUACACCAAGUUCCUCUCCCCAGUCCGCAAACAAGUCGGGUGAUGAGUGCAUCAUUCAAGAACAAUGCGUCCUUUGUGUCGCGGUUGCCGACAAUCCGACGGCACAAAAGUACUUCACUGCACUCCCCUGCGCCGCACUCCAAGCCCGCACAUCGAUACGACGUCAACGCCAGUGCUGAAAACCUUGGCGCGACGAAUGGCCGAUCAGGGCGCAAUCGAGCCGUCAACCCUUCCUACAGCGAGGACUCUGUGGCGGAGACGGCGCUAUCCAAGAAAAACUCCGACGACGAGGACGAGGAGCCGCGCUGCGUCACGUUGACUUCGAGACACAAAGCUGCCAUCCGUUUUAUAAGAAAGAUGAAGUAUUUUGUGGCUCGUCGUAAAUUUAAAGAAGCGUUAAAACCCUACGACGUAAAGGAUGUAAUAGAACAGUAUUCCGCUGGGCACGUCGAUCUGCUGGGGCGAGUGAAAAACCUCAAGUAUUUUGUCGCGCGCAAGAGAUUUAGAGAAGCGUUGAAACCUUACGACGUGAAAGAUGUGAUAGAACAAUACUCAUCGGGGCACGCUGAUCUUCUAAACAGAACGAAGAACCUGCAAUACAGGUUAGACCAAAUUCUUGGCAAGCAAGGUUCAAAGGCUAAAGAUGUGUAUGCAUCUAAGAUUAGCCUAGCUUCCAGAGUAGUUAAAAUUGAAAGACAAGUAGAUGAUAUAGAGAAUAAGUUGGAUCACUUAUUAGAGAUGUAUGAAGAAGAUAGACGGUCGUCAAGGAGGAUGCGUAAUGAGCUUGAUGGAGGUGCUGAGAGUGGAACAUCGGGGGAGAUGCAGCUGAGAACGCGUCCAGCGAUACAGGAGAAACAGUGCUCUGAACCAAACUCACCUGUCUCUAGAACAUUUGAACAUCCUGUACCGACCUCCGCGCCCCCCAUACCUCAUAAACGACCCAUGAACAGAGGAUAUUCUGAUCUAGGCACUAGGUUUAUGAGGAAGAAAGUAAUUGUGAAAACAUCAUCCAGCCGUUGUACAGAAUCGCCGAGAGACGAUGAAGUGGUAAUUGUGGUGCCAACGGAUCGUGAAGAUACUCCUCCACGAAUCGUUACGGAUAGUUCAGAAGUAUGCGGAAGUUGUUCCGUAGAAGUGGAAACGGAGGCAGAGGCGGGCGGCUCCAGGUCCGGCAGCUCAGGGUCGCCGUCGUGGUGUGAGGGUGACGGUGCUGAUGAAAGAGACUACGGCUCCGGUGACUCCCUCGCUGAGGACGCCGCCUUACUGGGCGAAGUACAGCCCGGCCACCCUCGUAUCAUGCGUCCUCAAAGACGAGACGUCGCCGUCGACUUACACCUCCUACGACCCGAUGUAUGA